GGACUAAGGGUGUCUAUGCCUGUGCAUGGCUUCGGAAAAGUUAUUGCAUGUGGCGUGGAAUUUGUCAAGCCCCAAAGCUGCAGGAACGUCCUUUCAUUGCGGCGCACCAUUAGGCGGAGAGCCACAGGCGUCCCCCGAGCAGCAUUGCAGGCGGCAGUGGGGGCUGCGGGGCGCGGAGCUGGGCGUGGGAGCUCAGUGAGCUGGGAGCAGCCCGGCCUGUCAGCGCAGGGAAGCCGCCCCGCCCCGCCCGCCUCCCGCCGCCGACCUUUCCCCUCGCGCGGGCCCGGCCAAUGGGCGAAGCGGCCCCGCCUGUUCCGCCGCCGGCUGCUGCUGGGCCGGCGUGUCCGCCUCCGCGUGCCAGGGCUGCCGCUCCGCUCCGGUGGGCCCCAGCCGCCGCCCCGUCCCGUCCCGCGAGAUGGCCCCGAAGAAGGCAGGCGACGGGGUGAAGGCGCACCCGAUUAUCGGCAGGUUCGGGACGUCCCUGAAGAUCGGGAUCGUCGGGCUGCCCAACGUGGGGUAGGUGCCCGCCUGCCGCUUCCUGCCGGCCGCGCCGUGCGCGUGUCCUCGCCGGGCCGUUUGCUUGUGAGGAGGAGGGGGAAAUCCACGUUUUUCAAUGUGUUAACAAAGAGUCAAGCAGCAGCAGAGAACUUUCCUUUCUGUACUAUUGACCCAAACGAGAGUCGAGUUCCUGUGCCGGAUGACAGGUUUGACUUCCUGUGCCAGUACCACAAGCCUCCAAGCAAAAUUCCAGCCUUUCUGAAUGUAGUGGAUAUUGCUGGCCUUGUGAAAGGAGCCCAUACUGGCCAAGGCUUAGGAAAUUCCUUUUUGUCUCAUAUUAACGCCUGUGAUGGGAUCUUUCAUCUGAUGCGAGCAUUUGAAGAUGAUGACAUCACUCACGUGGAAGGGAGUGUAGAUCCUGUUCGAGACAUUGAAAUAAUACAUGAGGAACUUAGACUUAAAGAUGAAGAACUGAUCACGCAGAGUAUAGACAAGCUAGAAAAAGUAGCUGUGAGAGGAGGAGACAAGAAGUUGAAACCUGAAUACGAUGUAAUGUGCAAAAUCAAAACCUGGGUAAUAGAUGAAAAGAAAGCUGUCCGCUUCUAUCAUGAUUGGAAUGACAAAGAGAUCGAUGUUUUGAACAAACAUUUGUUUUUCACUUCAAAACCCAUGAUCUAUUUGGUUAACCUCUCUGAAAAAGACUACAUUAGAAAGAAAAACAAAUGGUUGAUAAAAAUUAAAGAGUGGGUGGACAAGCACGACCCGGGUGCUUUGGUCAUUCCUUUUAGUGGGGCCUUGGAACUCAAGUUGCAAGAUAUGAGUGCUGAGGAGAAACAGAAGUAUCUGGAAGAGAACAUGACACAAAGUGCUUUACCAAAGAUCAUUAAGGCUGGAUAUGCAGCACUCCAACUAGAAUACUUUUUCACCGCAGGCCCAGAUGAAGUGCGUGCAUGGACCAUCAGGAAAGGGACGAAGGCUCCUCAGGCGGCAGGGAAGAUUCACACGGAUUUCGAAAAGGGAUUCAUUAUGGCUGAGGUAAUGAAAUAUGAAGACUUUAAAGAAGGAGGUUCAGAAGCUGCUGUCAAGGCUGCUGGAAAGUACAGGCAACAAGGCAGGAAUUACAUUGUGGAAGAUGGAGAUAUUAUCUUCUUUAAAUUUAAUACACCCCAGCAACCCAAGAAGAAAUGAGUAUCAGACGUUGUUCGUUGCUCAGAAAUAAACUGUGCUGCUUCAAAAAGCAUAUGAAUUUUUAUUUGGGAUGGAAUAUCUGGAAACAAAAAGCAUACAGUUUCUACCUAGGGAACCUCCCCUUCCCCCAGUGAAAUUAUUCUUGUUUGUUUUGAAUUAAAAUACGGCACCUCCGGUGAACAUGCAAGUUCACUAAAUGUGAACAGCUUUGCAUUUGAAACGAUUAAGACCCUACUCCAAAUUGUAGAAGCUUUUCAGGAACCAUAUUACUCUCAUGAUACUUCAUUAAUCUCCAUCAUGUAUGCCAAGCCUGACACGUUUGACAGUGAGGACAAUGUGGCUUGCUCCUUUUUGAAUCUACAGAUAAUGCAUGUUUUACAGUACUCCAGAUGUCUACACUCAAUAAAACAUUUGACAAAACCA